ACAGAGGGGGUGAGGCUGUCAGGGAGAGGGAAACGAAGGAGUAAGCAAGAUUGUGCUUGCAAACACUGAUUCACUCAGAGUGCGGCUGACACCAGAAGACAGACAUGGUUGCAGACUAACUGGAAGACGAAACAAGGAACGACUGAGAAAAACAAGUCAUCAGCAGCCAACCUCGGCCACCUUAUCUUUUCCAUCCAUAUACGGAAACCACUGGAUAAUUUAUAAGCGCCUCCUCUCACUCUGUGUGUGUUAGGGGAGAAACGAGAGAGGGGUGGGAGGGGGAUUUGCUGAGCUCACCGCCACCAUGCUGAGUCCUGCUACUGUCAGUGCAGCUGCUGCAGCUGUCUGGCUGCUAGCAAUGCUGGGCCCAGGCCUGUCUCUUCCAGCUGAGGAUAACUCAGAGCCAAAUUUCACCCUGUGCAGCGACUGCUUCUACAGACAGAUGCCUCCUCAGGGAGCCUCUGCGGGGUCACUGCUGCGCCCAACGUGCCACAGACUGUCUGGGGGACAGGCGUUUGCCACUCUGUCCAGACCGACCUGUGACAUAGCUGUCUACUCUGCCUUCCAUCUCAGCCAUGGAUGGACAGAGGGGGAGGGAGAGGAGGGGAAAGAGCUUGUGACAGAGAAAGAAGAAGACUUCAUUAAAGUAGCAGUGCCAAGUCUCCUCAGAAGAGGCGGGGAUCCGUCUCACCCCGUCUCGCCCACAGACAUCCCUCUCCAACACUGGGACUCAACAGUCACAACACUGGUCCAGUCAAGCGUCGCUCCCCGGUGCACCACUUUAGGCGGUCAUCUGUUCAUCCUGACUGGAGCUGGAGGCUUCAGGGUGGCUGAGGAUGGAAACAAAGAGUGUCAGAUGAACCCACUGUGGUUUGCAGUGUGCUGCUCUGUCCCAGAGGGGAAGGGUAAUUUUAUUGUGGGGUUAAUCAGUGAGACAGGGAAGGGGGAGAGGCAAGUGAGCGUGAAGGAAUUGGAGGAGAUGCUAGGAGUGACAGAGCUGUUUUCUGAAGGUUGUGGAGGAGGUGAAGAGGAGACUGUUGGUAUCAAAGUGGGGAUUCACAGUGAGGGGCUUCCUGUGAAUACAGAAAAAACAGAAGCGGACGCUACGGGUGAAGAGAUAGGUGAUACAAGUAUGGAUUCAGACACGACUGGCGAAGAUGCAAAUGCAGACCUUAAGGAACACAGAGAGGCAUCAAUAACUCAAGAGCAGGUGGUGGCUGGUGAGGAUGCCCAGUCAGAGAAAAGUGACGUUGCUGAUGGCACAAGAGAAACUUCAGCAGAUGCAAUGACUUCUGAGAGCAGCAGUAGCAAGCACUAUGUGACGCAUUCAGAAGUGGUCAGGUCAGAGUCUUCCGAGUCCUCAGCUGACUAUGAAUCUGUUGAUGAACAAGAGACAAAUUCCACCAGUACUUUGAUCUACAUCCUCUCCACCACCCUGUCCAUCCUCAAAGCUCCGCUGCACCCUGUGGUCUCUACAGUCACACAGUUACCUGGACAGGUGACCUACGUCCUUCAGAAAGACCUUGGAGUUCUUACCGCCCUGCCCGGAGAGACCUUCACCUUGCUCCACCUCUUGACCUCUGAUUUCGUGUCAUGGAUGGGAUCAGCAUCAGAUAUGCUCCUAUAUAUUGGAGAGACCGGCUUCUGCAGUGUUUACAACUGUGCCUCCCCCAUGCUGGAGGCCCUGCUGAGCACCUGCCACACUGGAGUCACUGGCAUGGGCACUCUGGCUGGAGACACAGUGGGGAUUUUCGGUGAUGCGUUGGAUAAUGCUUGGUGGGUGACCAAGUUCUUUGGGGGCCGACUGUGGGAGCAGAGUGAGGGCUAUGUAGGAACAGUGGUGUCAGAAAUGGGGGGUCAAGCGCAAGCUGUAGGUGGAGGGUUUGGGAGGCUGGUAUGGAGAAGUGGAAAUGGAGUGGGCAAUGUUUUCAGGCUGGGAGUGGGUGUGAUAAUGGGAAUGAUUGAUAUGGUCAAUGGUGCACUAAGAGAAGGCUUUGGGCAGGAGUCAGAAUGAAAGAUGAAAAGACCAGAUAAUGCCAUUAAUAAACCUUCUUUCUCUUGUUUUGGCUUGUGAAUUUCUCCAGCAAAUGGGAGUGUGACUUAAGAAAAAAAUAUUGAGGAUGAUGUCAUUUGCCGUGCCUUAGUUCUUAUAGAAGGACUGCCAGGUCUUUUUCUGUCAAAUGCAGCAAAUUUCAAAUGUUGUACACUGUAGGUCUUACACUUCAUUAAGAAUCUCGCUGCCCAACCAAUCUGAGAGCUGACCUAACUGACACACUGUGCUUUUGGAUGUAAUUACUCAAAAUAUCUCAUGUAUGAAAACUACUGCAUCUGUACAUUUGAAUUAAAGAGAAUUCUGGCUUGCCAUUGUAA